AUGCUGCAACUCUCUCUGCUUCUUCGUGGUGCUCUGUGCAUUUCGUACCGCGCACUGAAAAGCGCCGCAGUCGCGCCUGUCGCCGCAGCGGAGGUGGCAGCCGCUAGCUCGAGACUAGGUGAAGCAUGGGAGGGUAGUAUCGAGCGCGCUGAGGCUCUCGAGAACCUCAGCAACGAGGUGUUUGGCCGAGGAAACAGGCAUUUGAAAAACGUGGAAACGCUGACGGCUCUCCCGGAAGGUCUGCACUCUUUCCCAGAAGUGUGCUUCAUUGGGAAGCCAGGAUGCGGCAAGUCGAGCCUUAUCUCGUGUCUUCUGCAUAAUCACCGGCUGGGCAAAGCCGGGGCGACUGCCGGCACUACGCGACUUCUGCAGUUUUUCAACGUGGGCGACGCGCUUCUCUUGGUGGAUACGCCCGGCUACGGUGCCUGGCGAGGUCGUGAGGUGGGACAGCGUCUAGCGGAGCAGGCCAACGCGUUUUCGAUUCUGUUCCGCUACCUGACCUUGCGCAACGGAGGUAAUCUCAAGCGGGUAUACUGGCUCAUGGAGUCCUCGGCGCGGACGCCAGUGUCCUUCCAGCCGCGUGAUGAGGAGCUUCUAACUUUUCUCUCCCGGGAGCGGAUUCCUUUUAGUGUCGUGCUCACCAAGAUCGACCGCCACUGGCGCCACUACGUCGAGCAGCAGCAGACGACUGACCGAGUAGGAAAAGAUGGCCUCGUACAUCCAAGGCACAGGCGACCAGAAACACACGAUCAGGGCAUUUUUACGCGCACGAACCUGCCUCAAGACGGUGUGGCACGCAAUAUGCAGGAAGUGUAUGAGUUUCUAGGCACCGAUCAAGUACCGAUUCUCGGUGUAAGUGCCAACCGCCUACAGCCAAACCGUUCGCGUAAUCUGGAGCUGCUGCAGCACGACAUCGUUCACUACUGCACGCAAGACCUGCUGGACUCAGAGGAGCUCUCCUUUCGCAACAUGCACAAGCUGAGCUACGCACCACCGACGGCUGAUCGUAUUCAUGAGGUUCAGCUGCGAUACCCAGUAGAGUCCUUCGUGGUUCCCGCGAACAACAACGUGUCAUUGGCGCGCAUGGUGGAGUACCACGAGGAGAUGAAGGCACAAUUUCGCGAAAACAACGUAUCUGCGCGGCGUCUCUCCGCCAAAGAUGUGGCGGCGUGCCAUCUAGAGAGCGUCGCGAAGCUGAAGGCAGCCUGCCAUCACGAUGCUGCAGAGCGAGAGCGCGCGGAAAAGCUGCUUCCCACCACGACCUAUCUCUUCGAAUCGACCUCGACGGCUCCCGCUGCAACGUCGUUGGCGGUGCCAGGCGAUAUUGCAGGCCUGUUGCGCGCCAGCGAAGAGCAGGACACCGUUACCGCAUCGGUAAACCGUGUAGGAGGCCUUCCUGAGCGAUGGAAGGAAUGCGGUGACCACAAUGCCGAGGCGGGCGCGGCUGACGUGUGCGCUGGCCGGCGCUUCCGCGUGCGGCCGCUCCUCACAGACGAGAGGCAGACGAGCCAAGACUCCUUGGAGGAUAUACUGGAGCGUGCGCGCGAUGAGGAGGAGCCGAAGCAGAACGUUGCAGGUAGCAUUGCGGGCAGAGGCGAAAAGACCGCCAACGCAACCUCGUCUCCGCACCGUGCCCAUGCAGGCGUCACCUUGUCGUCUAAUACGCUGAGUCCGGUGCCAGACGAGGCUUCGGCACCUCCGCCGCACCGCGUCGACGCUGUGCUCCUGCAGGAGCGGCCUCUCGAAGCACUUGCAUUGCCCGGGCUGCUCGACCCAGAUGCUCACUACGUCACCGCCAUUGAUGGAACGCCGAUCCCGCGAAGCAUGAUUUCCGUGUCCGUGGAGCAACUGGCUGUGAGCAAGGAUGAUGAGCUCGCCCAUUUUGCCACCAAGUCGGGCGCUGGCGCGUACGAAGAGCUACUUCUGGCAGACCAAGAGAAGGGCAAUGCGGGGUCAGACCUCUUCAUGGAGACGAGCGAUGUAGCGCAUCUUCCUGAGGAGGUACAGACACAGUUGAUGGAGUCUCGUGGGCGUCUCACUCGCUCUGCAGCGCGCAAGCAGAAGGAGCGAUUCCUUGCAAAGUAUGUGGAGCGGAAGCGAAAGGAGCGAUCGAUCUACAUGCAGGCAGAGGGAUACAUGUGCCCGUGGCUAGGGAGGUCUGAGAGUCGGAGCGUGGUGCAGGGUGUCGCUGGCUCGUGUGGCACCGGAAAAGGCGGGACUGUCAUGCGUGAUCUCAAGCAGAAGGGGUUCGGUGGUAAGAGCUACUCUGCGCGGACCAUGAAGAACAGAGGCCGCGCCACGAAAAAGACCGGGUUUUGGGCUGCGUAG